AACUGCCCUGUUAAACUGAGAAACUCCAUAUUAUAUUAUGUUAUAUUGUGAAGGCAGCAGGAGCUACCAACACAAAUAAUUAUCCCAACACGUUGUUUGUUUUAUCUAUCGAUCCAUAGAGUAAUAGGUUGUUGCUGGUGAAUUGGGAUAUGGCUUCUUUCUCCGGCCUCUUUGUUUUCUUUCUUCUCUCUUACCUCGUGUUGCUUCUUUCGGCCCAACAAGAAGAAACAUACAGUUCCCAUAACUGUCCUCCCUUCUACCUUUGUGGAGAUCUGGGCAGGAUCGGCUUCCCAUUCGCCAAUACCACACACCCAAACUGUGGUAUUGGCAUCGUAGAUUGUAGCAAAAAACCUGCGAUGAUUCAACUGGUGAAAGGUGAACUGGUGAAAGGUGAUCAUAGAUGGUACGAACUUAGCUUCAUUAGUCGUGAGCCUAAUGCUUAUGUCCUGGGUAUCCGGGACCAGACGCUUUCGAAGAACCUGUCUUCCGGUAGAUGCGAAUUCAUAACGAAUCAGACUAUCUCCCAAUCUCCAUUCAUCUCUUUUCAAAUCCUUGCACCCAAUCGGACCUUUGUCAAAUGCAUCAGCAGUGUCCAUGAUCCUGGGCCGAUGGAAUCGGGCGAUAUUACGUGCACAGACAAUUAUAAAAUUAAAGUCUACGAUAGUCAUCCAAGCGAUGGUAUUCAUAUUCCUUCUGAAUGUUCCAUUAUUCAGCUCCCAAAAAAGCCGGGGCCAAGUGACAGUGAACCGUACGUAACCGGUGAGUUCGAACUUCGGGUGAAUGUGUCUGAUGAUUGUUUCGAGUGCCAUGAGAGAGAAGGUCAAUGCCAGCUUGACGUCGAGAGAAAAUUUAUUUGUGCAAAGGAAGGGCGGAAGCACAAGAAUAAAGUGUUGGCGAUAGCCUUGGCCACUUUAUCUGUUGCCAUUGGAGUUCUGAUAGUCAUUGGCCUCAGCUUCAAGCGAAAGUUUAGAUCCAUUAAUGUUAUAAAUCUUUUGAAGAAGGAAAGUCUCAUUCAUCAGAGUGUCGAGACCUUUAUAAGGAAUAAUGGACCCUUUGGUAUAAGAAGAUACAAUUACUCGGAUAUCAAGAAAAUGACCAACUUCUUCAGAGAUAAAUUAGGCCAAGGAGGAUAUGGUAGCGUCUACAAGGGGAAAUUACAAGAUGGAUCUUUGGUGGCAGUAAAAGUUUUGAAAAAAUCAAUAGGAAAUGGAGAGGAAUUCAUAAACGAGGUUGCUAGCAUUAGUAGGACCUCACAUGUCAACAUUGUCACUCUUAGGGGCUUUUGCUUUGAGGGUUCCAAAAAAGCUCUCGUUUAUGAAUUUAUGCCUAAUGGAUCUCUAGAGAAGUUCAUAUACAAAAAAGAUUCACCAUCUGAUCAUCAAUUGCAGUGGGAAACAUUGUAUAAUAUUGCAGUUGGCAUAGCUCGAGGAUUAGAGUACUUGCAUAGAGGUUGUAACACUCGAAUCUUGCAUUUUGACAUAAAGCCUCACAACAUUCUUUUAGAUGAGAACUUCUGUCCAAAGAUUUCGGAUUUUGGCCUUGCAAAAGUAUGCCCUAGAGAACAGAGUAUCAUAUCAAUGUUGGGCGCAAGAGGAACUGCAGGAUAUAUAGCUCCAGAAGUAUUUUGUAGAAACUUCGGAGGGGUCUCUCACAAAUCAGAUGUUUACAGCUAUGGAAUGAUGGUUUUGGAAAUGCUUGGAGGCAGAAAGAAUAUAGAUGCUGAGGUUGAUCGUACCAGUGAAAUAUUCUUUCCGCAUUGGAUUUAUAAGCGCCUUGAACUUGAUGAAGAACUAACAUUGCAUGGUCUCAUGACUGAAGAGGAUCGACAAAAUGCAAAGAAGAUGACAAUAGUGAGCUUGUGGUGCAUACAGACUGACCCGUCAAACAGGCCAGCAAUGAGUAGAGUUGUCGAAAUGUUGGAAAUGAGCCUUAACUCCUUGCAAAUCCCUCCUAAACCUUUCUUGUCUUCCCCGUCAAGAUCAGAAGUUGAUUCUUCGACUAUAAUGGUUCUAUCUCAUUCUAGUUCUAUAGUGGCCUAAAAAGAAUCUUUUUCUUGGAUAUGAAAUCUUAAUUCUCGAAA